AUGUCUGACAACCAUCGCCAAGAUCGUGUCCUCAAGAGCGACCAACUCGAGCGAGCGCACGACACCAAAGAUCGUGACGCUAGGUGGCGAUCAUACCACAACGUUGUCGGCUCUUCGAUCGACUCAUCAUCACUGGGGGCCCGUGAGCGCGGAGGUAUCUCCCAUUAUGCUGGUGUCAACCACGGAACAUUCUUGCACAUCGCUCAUGAGGAAGGCUUGAUCCGAAAUACUAGUAUACACGUGGGCAUCCGAGCUCCUGUGGUACGACCGAAAGGUGAUGUGCGCAACGAUCUUCGAUGUGGUUUUGAGAUGGUCAAGGCUCGGGCAAUCGAUCGAUUGGGCGUAGCUGGAAUCAUCGACAAGCUCAAAUCUCGCGUCGCUGGAACGAAGGUCUACAUCAGUGUCGAUAUAGACGUGCUCGAUCCGGCAUUCGCACCUGGUAAGUUGUCAAACAAAACAUGCCAGAAGUAA